AUGGUGUCGCCUCCCUCCUCCGCCCCGCUCGAGGAGCCUUCGGAGGAUGCGCUCUCCUCGUCCUCCAUCGGCUUCGGCACCCCCGAGGCCCUCGCCCACGUCCGGACCCUCACCGACGUCGGCGCCAUGACCCGCCGCCUCCGCGAGUGCAUCGCCUACGAGCGGGCCCUCGACCUCGACCUCGCCUCCCGCCGCGCCGACCUCGACUCCCGCCUUGCCGACCUCGAGAAGUCCUCCCACUACCUCGACAUCUUCAAGUUCGACUACGACCACAUGCUUUCCGACGUUCGCCCCAUCUCCCUUCUUGCCGAACAGGUCAUCGGCAAGGUCCGCGAGCUCGAUCUUGCCCAGACCCGCAUCAUGUCCGCGCUCCCCGUCUUCGACGCGAUGCAGGAGAGGGAGGAGUGCAUCGAGGGGGCGACGAAGGCGCUGGACCGUGAGGACUACGAGUCCGCUUCCAAGUGCGUUGAGAGGUUCCUCCAGAUCGAUGCCAAGUAUUUGCGGGAUCCGUGCUGGUGGGACAAGAUGAUGGCCCCCAAGACGCAGCUCGAGGGGAUCGUGAGGAAGCGGCUGGCUGCCGCCGUGGAUCAGCAGGAUCACGCCUCGGUUCUCCGCUUCAUUCGGCUGUAUUGCCCGCUGGGGUUGAAGGACGAAGGGCUUCAGGAGUACGUUGGCUAUUUGAGGAAGGUGAUUGGGAUGAGGACCAAGUUCGAGCAAUCGGUGGAAUUGACGCACGAUCAGCACAGCAAUCAGGGUGACUUUGCUACGUGUUUGGACAAUUUGUUUAAGGAUAUUGUAUUGGCAAUCAAGACGAACACUGAGGUUUUCAAGAGUCUGUGUGGAGAGGAUGGUAUUCUGCACGCUAUCUUGGAGCUCCAAGAGGAGUGUGAUUCGUGGGGUUCGCUGGUUUUGAAGAGGUACAUGGAAUGGAGGAGAUUGGGGAAUAUGUCUUCUGAGAUCAAUGCGCAAAACACGAGCUUGCUUGCUUUUCGAGCUCCACAAGGGCCGGAUCCCAGAUACAUUAUGUCGUGUUUGAAGGAGAUAUUGUUCCUUAGGCGAUUGUGCGAGCAUCACACCGAAUUCAUGCUUUCCACGAUCAAGGGGUUGACUUCAGUUGACGCCGACUCGCUGCCGCGAGCAACAAAGGCAUUUAGGAGCGGGAGGCUUAGUAAAGUCGUGCAAGAAAUCACCGGUUAUUAUGCCAUUCUAGAGGGCUUUGUCAUGGUAGAGAAUGUGAGGAAGGCUAUCAGCAUAGAUGAGCAUCUUCCUGGUUGCCUUACCUCUUCUAUGGUCGACGAAGUCUUCUGUGUUCUUGACAGCUGCUUGAGAAGAGCCAUCUCAACUUCGGAUAUCAGCUCCGUUGUGGCAGUUUUGAGCGGGGCCUCUAGGUUGUUGAGCAAUAAGUACCGUGAAGCUUUGCAAUUGAGGAUGAGAGAGCCGAACCUUGUUCGUAAGCUUUUCCUGGGUGGUGUCGGUGUGCAGAAAACUUGUACCGAAAUAGCAACGGCCUUGAAUAAUAUGGAUGUAAGCAGCAAAUACGCUGUCAAGCUUAAGCAUGACAUUGAAGAGCAAUGUGCAAAGGUAUUUCCUGCUCCUGCCGACAGAGAAAGACUGAAAUCUUGUUUAUCCGAGCUUGGCGAGACGUGCACCACUUUCAAGCAAGCUCUGAAUGGUGGGAUGGAGCAACUGGUAGCUACCGUGACACCGCGGAUCCGUGCAGUGCUAGAUAGUGUGGCGACUAUCAAUUAUGAGUUAUCAGAUGCUGAAUAUGCCAACAAUGACAUAAAAGAUCCCUGGGUGCAGAGGCUACUCCAUGCCGUAGAGACCUACGUGGCAUGCCUCCAGCCAUUGAUGACUGCCAACAACUACGACUCAUUUGUGCAUUUCGUUAUCGACUUCAUCGUGAAGGGACUCGAAGCGAUCAUGAUGCAAAAGAGAUUCAGUCCGCUUGGAGGUCUUCAGCUGGACAAAGAUGCAAGGGCACUUGCAAGUCAUUUCUCUAGCAUGACCCAAAGAACCGUCAGAGAUAAGUUUGCGCAUCUGACUCAAAUAGCUAUGAUCCUUAAUGUAGAGAAGGUUUCGGAGAUUCUAUAG